CCCAACAUAAAAGAUUGGUUGUCGCUGUUGUCUAUGCGAUGGGAAGUGAAAUCAGUAUAGAAGAUGAGGUGAGGAGAGGUGACGUUAAUUCAGUAACACGUCUUUUGGAGAAUGGAGUUAAUGUCAAUGCGCGUUGUUUAUAUGGGGAAACUAUUCUGACGUUAGCGUGUAGGAAGAAGAAGAAGGAAAUAGUGGAGUUGCUGCUCGCUAAAUCAGCAGAUGUUAAUGAGACUAAUGAGACAGGAUGGACAUCUUUGAUCACGGCUGCAGAAAAGGGAUGUGAAGAGAUCAUUGACGUUUUGGUGAAGGUCGAAGGUAUUAAUGUGAUGAAGAAAGAACGUUAUGGAAAGACAGCCAUCCAUUAUGCUGCAAGAAAUAAUCACGUGACCAUUGUAGAGAGACUUCUGUCUUGUUCUGUUCCUGUUGAUGUCAUGGAUAAUGAUGGUCGUACACCACUGUGGUUUGCUGCCCGUGGUGGUCAUGGGUGUUGUGUUGAUGUUCUCCUAAAACAUGGAGCGAGUCCCCAACAUAAGAGUAAGCAUAGAUCACCACUGAAGAUUGCUAAGCAAUAUGGUCACAGUUGUGUGGCUAAGAUGAUGGAAAAAGCCAUAAGAUUGGGAUCUCAUCUCUAUGUGGAGAGAGACGUGUCUAUCAUGAGACGGCAAUAUGAACAGAAAAUUACCGAACUACAGCGUGAAGUGGAGAAGAUGACAGAAGAAUUAAGACAAUCAUCCCUGGUCCAUGAAAGUGAAGUAACAAGGUUGAGGGAAGAGAUCCAACAGAAAGAGAAUGAAAUCAGACGUCUCAGAAUGUCAGCAGUUGAUAGACAACUCUUACAGGCUGGUGAAGAUCAAGUGGCUCCUGAAGCUUGGUUGUUGUCGCAGCCACCAGGAGAUGUCAUGCGUGCUGUUGUUGCUCUGGCUGGCGAUCAGUGGAGUGAUGUUGGACUUGAGUUGGGAUACAAAAUGUCUCAACUCAACUCAAUCACAUCGUCAAUUCCUACACCCUCAGGCAAACUAAAUGCAAUACUCAGCAAAAAAGCUGACUCUGUUGGUGCCCGCAAUGUUGUUCGUAUCAUCUUGUCUGCUUGCCAGCAACUUCCCAUGUCAAUUUGUGCUGCUGCAAUAACAGAUGAGGUGGGUAAUCAUCGAGACUUGAGAACACAGGACAGUGGACAAUACAAUAAUUGACUUUGUCACUUUUUUGUCUGCAUGGCUUGUCAUAUGGUUCAUUGUUGAUGCAAGCAAGUCAUGUGUUACAUUUUGGAUGCUUUCUUAUUGCUUUUGUAUUCAUGUUUAUAUUAAUACAAC